AUGGCCUCCAAGAUCUAUUUCCUUUUGACUCUCUGUCUUUUCGUGGUCGGUCAGGCCGCCCUCUUUCGGCACAGCUCCGAACAGACUCAGGUGGAGAACGUGACCAUGUUCUGCUGUCGCCUCAUGAACUAUGUGGCCAGCCUCGGCCCUUUGACGAUCCAUGAGGUUCGACAGCUGGUGGCGGAUGUCCGAGCAGGGUCCUUUGAAUCCUUUGGCUGUUUGACGGUUCCCAGAUAUUUGCUCAGUUUCCAUGAGUGCCUUCGACUUGCCCUGAUGUGGCUCCUCAUCAUCAUGUUCUCCCAGGAGCCUUUCCUUUAUUGCCUGAGCGACAAGCAGGGCAUCACUAUGGAUUGCCAGCAGGGGCGGCAGCACCAAGACCUGUACUCUGGCUGUGCCUUCUUGGCCAUGAUCAUUUUUUGGAUACAACUGUUGGACUUGGCAAUUUUUUCCGAGAAGAUCAUGGCAUAUGUUCUCGUGUGCAGCCGUUUGGUUGCAGAUACGGCUCUAUUCCUUUUGGCCCUGCUCACCAUUCUCUUGGCCUUUACUGCAGCCAUUGGCACCUUGCAUUACCAUGUUCCCGAACAUGGAGGCGCAGGGGCCUGGCUCAGAGAGUUGACGCUGAUGGCCUUGAGGAUGUAUGCGCCAGAGCACUACUUGGAGUUGAAGGAGUCAUCGAUCAUCGUUUCAGUGGCUCUUUCCAUUUUUGUUUUCUUGUCUGCGAUCUUCCUGGCCAACCUCCUGGUAGUGCAGUUCGCACAUACUUACCAUGCUGCCCAUGCCAGCAUGAAGGGCAUUGCCCGGCUGAAGCGCGCGAACAUCACCUGCGCCACCUUGAAAGACAUCCCCCAGCACCGGCGUAUGGCCUUCCUGGACUCUUUGGGCCUUGAGGAGCCUUUGGAGUUUAACGAGGGGGAUGUGGGCAUUGCAGGUGGCAUCCAGGUCUUGGAACUUGCCAGUGAGAGAGUGGUCACAGAGGACACCAUCAAGCGCUUCGGUGGACCAAGUGCUCCAUCGGCACCCUGGCCCAAAGAACACAUCCCGGAGGAGGAAGUGGACAAGCUGGCCUCCUUGGAAAAGAAACUGAUGAAGGUCAUCAAGAGUAAGGGCAAGGCACAUCGUCCUAGCCGCAACCACGGCAGCGGCGGCAGCAUGAGUGAAGAGAAUGGGCGCUUGACUACAUCCAGUGUGCCGACCACUAUUGGCCCCAGCAUGUUUGAAGAGGAGUGA